CGUGUUGUGUAAGCCUGUGUGGAACCUGUGGGGUUCAACUUCCUGAGUCCUUUCUACGAACAGCAUCGUGUCGGGUAUAAAAUGCUAUCUCGCUGGGCUGUCAUUCCUCUUCGACCUCUUAUCGCCCGUUGACUCAAUCACCUCGCCUUGACGUUUGGAGUCAAGCAAACUUCAUCUGUGUUGGCAGCAGGAAGACUCAAUAGUCGAGUCUCUCUACUAAGUCACAUUUUCAUAGAUCACAACUGUCGAUCAUAUCUCCUGCUGCGGUCGAUCUCAAACCCUCAUACAUAUCACUUGGCCUUUUGGGAACCAUAAUUUAUGGCAAACUCUACCAAUGCUGGAAAUAAGAAGGCCCUGCUCAUCGCAGUCCAAUCUGUGAAUAAAAAAGGCUUUCUUCCUUUGCACUAUGCCCACGAGGACGCCGAUUCGCUUAAAUGUCUCCUUAUCGAUAAGCUCAAUUAUCCCGAAGCGAAUGUCGUCUUGAUGAAGCAUGAUUGGAAUGUCCCGAAACAUCUCUGGCCAUCACGGAGAAACAUACUCGCGGAGAUCGCUAAGAUGGUCAAAAAUGCAUCCGCAAAUGACCAGUUCUUCUUCUAUUAUUCUGGUCACGGAAAUCAAGUAACUUGCGAGCACAAUACGGAAACAGAUGGAAAGGACGAACUCAUAUACGCGUACACUGGCCACUAUAUUAUGGAUAACAAACUAAAAAAGGUACUGGUAAAGCCUUUACCUCCAGGCAGUAAACUUUUCGCACUUUGGGACUCUUGUCACUCUGCGACAAUUUUGGACUUGGACCACCACAAGUGCAACAAGUUAUUGUCUGGAGACGCUGCGAAGACUCAACGAAGGUCACUCACGGGACGCUUCCGAUUGCCGGACUUCGUGCCGAGAUUAAGAACACUCCCAUCCAGCAGCCAACAACCUCUACCACGUGGUCGUGCAGGGAAUCCAUCGCUGUCGUUAAAUAGUGUUCUCAUGCGACCUCAAUCUCCUAACAGCUGGCUUCCGCGCAUGUUUAUUGAGAACUCACCUUCUGCUCUCCGUAGGGUUUUGUCCCCAGUCUCUUGGGUCAAGUGUACGGGCGACUGUCAGAAGAUGGAACCAGAAGACCAGACAGCAGCGCAUGUAGUUUCAUUGUCAGCAUGCCGUGACAACGAAUCCGCGUACGAUGACAACGAGACCCAUGGCACUGUGACCAAAUUUUUCAUUGAAUGCGUAUCGCAAGAUCCCAAACCAUCGCUGCUCACCCUGCUCAAACAUAUUAAGGAAGGUGUGGAUAAAAUGAACGAGAAACGGCAGCUGCAACUCAGGAUUUUCGAGCGUUGCGCUACGGAUGUCAAUGAUAGGAUGACAGAGAGGAGAAUGCCAAUCCUCCGACGCAAUACCGAGGUAGUCAUCCAUGACUUGGAUGAGUACAUGAGCUGUCAGAAAGCUCGCUUCACAUCAGAAGCGAAAAACAACUGGCAGAACCCAGGGGUAUUCUUUUUCUUUUUCUUUUUCUGUUCUCGUGUCUGACCAGCUCGACGACAGUACGCCAGCCAUUACCCAUUAGACAUGGAUCAGGUUGUCGACACUAUCUUCUGAUUUCUUGAUUCAAUCAGUGUUUGUCUUGUUCAAUCGAUUCACCUCUGUAUUCUUGAUGAUUGACGAUUGUUUCACGUCGAGGACAAUAUUUUGUGCUUAUUUUGUAUUUACACUCGCCACUUGUAUCAUGUUGGCAACAUGUAUUGUAUGAUUGGUGUUCCUGAACCCCACUUGCCAUAAUAAAUACCCACCCACUGUUUCGCACAGUACUAAAUAUAA